AUGGGAGCCAAGCUGCGGCUGCUCUGCCUUGCCUCUGCCCUCCUCGCCUACUGGAUCUACAUCCCCAUGUCCGAGGACUGCGAGCAGCCCUGGAAAAUGAUGCUGAUCUUGGCUCCCUUCAGGGCUGCUGCGCAGCUGGCUGCCAUUGCUGAGCAGUUGGGUCUGAUGCACUACAUGGAAGCAAUGAAGGCCAUCAUGGCCCUGCAGCACGUGGCAGCCACCUCUGAUGAGAACGUCACCGUGACGGACACUGAGUUCAGCGGUGUCCCCGUCCGGCUCUUCGUGCCCAGGAAGGAGCCUGAGGGGCUGAGGAGGGCAGUGAUCUAUUUCCAUGGUGGAGGAUGGUGCUUAGGAGAUGCAGGCUUCAAAUCCUCCGAUUACCUGACGAGGCAGACUUCAAACAGGCUGAAUGCUGUGGUGGUGUCAGUCAACUACAGGCUGGCCCCCAAGCAUCAUUUCCCUGCUCAGUUUGAAGAUGUGUAUUCGGUGACCAAGUUCUUCCUCCAGAGCAAGGUCCUCUCCCAGUACAAGGUGGACCCAAAUCGAGUCUGUGUGGCAGGAGACAGCGCAGGUGGCAACUUGGCUGCAGCUGUGGCACAGCAGCUGCCGGAGGACCCUGAGGUCAAAACCAAGCUGAAACUCCAAGCCUUGCUUUACCCUGCUCUGCAAACCCUGGACCUCAACUCCCCUUCCUAUGAGGAGAACAAGGACGACCCCCUUCUCUCCAAGGCCCUGAUGGUCAGGUUCUGGAGCGAGUACUUCACCCCUGACGCCUCGCUGAGGGAAGCCAUGGCCUCCAACAGGCACGUCCCAGCCCACGCCAGCCACCUGCUGCAGCUGGUCAACUGGAGCAGCCUGCUGCCCGCUGAGAUGAGGCAGGGUCACCCUUACCCCACGCCCAGCUUUGGCAGCCCCAGGCUGGCCGAGCAGUACCCGGGCUUCCUGGAGGUGCGGGCGGCCCCGCUGCUGGCUAGCGCCGCCCAGCUGCGCCGCCUGCCCCUCACCUACCUGCUGACCUGCGGGCACGACGUGCUGCGCGACGACGGGCUGAUGUACGCCGCCCGCCUGCGGGCAGCAGGGGUGCCCCUGGCCCACCAGCACUUCCAGGAGGCCUUCCACGGGGCCAUGAUAUUCAUCUCCGGCUCAGGAGAGCUGGCGGUGGGGCGGAGGCUGCUGAACAGCUACAUCGAGUGGUUGGAUGAGAACUUGUGA